UGUGGUAACAGCAGUUGUCGGACAGAACUGCAAAAACAACGCAGCCAUUUUGAGUCGAGAAUAAAAACUCAAAAGAGCAAAGAAAUCACAUUAAUGCUCUACAAUGUAUCAAAAUAAGUACAAUCGGUAACAUCUCGUGUGGUUAGUUUCCAUUUGGCAAUCCUAUCUGUACUGUCGUCCCAAUUUUUCGUCCGCGCUAUCUCAUCCGGCUGGAAUUCCAAAAUGCAAUUUAAAACCAUUUAUCCCAAGCUUUAAAUCUAGCAAUAACCAAUCAGAGCACCCGGAAUCCGAUGUCAGUGACGGAGUAUCCAAUCGGCGCAUGCGUCUCACGAGCGAGCGUAGCAGGGUAAAGAUGGCGGCGGGCUCGGAUUUGCUGGAUGAUGUUUUCUUCAACACUGAGGUGGACGAGAAAGUAGUUAGUGAUCUAGUUGGAUCUUUGGAGUCUGAGCUCACCGGAUCGGGUCGCGGAAACUCUGCAGUCAGGAUACAGGCUGCCGCAAAUCACAUCGGCAACUCCAAUGUCCAGGACAGCAAAAUGGGACUUUCACAAGAGCUUGCUAAACCAGGGACUAGCGUCCAAGGGGGUGUCAUUAAUAGUACGAGGUCCACCAUGGAUACAGCGGCGGGAACGACGGCUGCGGGCUCGAGCAUGACAGCCGGACACAGUCAGAGUAAGACGGGGACAGCCGGUGGUGUGUUAACAGUGGUUCCCGAUCACCGGGAAGGGAUAGGAAAAACUGGGGCGGCUGGUGUUGUACAAACUUUAAAUGGAAGUAACGUUGUAAUAAACUCUCAUAAUUUGGUGAGCUCGGCAAGCAGCACAGUGCCCGCCGUCACGGUUGUCAACAACGGACCAGGCUCCGUGGUCAAAGGAAACGUAAUCUUACCCUCAACUUCCAGCACUGUCAUUCAAACCUCUCUAAUGCACAAUGCUGUCACUUCAACUGUAAUAUCGUCUCAGCCGUCUGUUCUAAACAGUGUGCCCACUGUCACGCUCGUGAGGCCGCCUAUGCAAAACCCCGGAACAGUCACAUCGCAGAGCGGGAGAAAUACCUUUCUGACAUCAACUGUCAACGUCGCCCACCCUGCAUGUUCAGGAGCACAAGUCAACAAGUCGGAGACGCCAAAAACGAUCAUACAAACGACAGCACAGGUGACGGGGACGACGACAGCAGCUUUAGGGAAAAGCCCGGUUUUACAAAAUGUAAGGACCUCCAUCCCAUCGACUAUUGCUACCAGUCCUGGUGGGAUAAGGGCGAUCGCGCCUCAGGUGUUGGCCCCAAUACUUCCGCAGCCCCAACAGAAUGCUCCAAACAUCCAAAACAUUCAGCUCCCCCCAGGGAUGGUGUUGGUGCGCAGUGAGAGUGGGCAGCUGUUAAUGAUCCACCAGCAGACCCUGGCCCAGAUGCAGGCUCAAUCCCAGUCCCAGAGCGCCAUGACCCCACGGCCAGCCACCCCCACCAGCACUCCCCCUGUCCAGAUCACCUCUGUACAGGCUCCAGGGAUGCCCCUCAUGGCCCGACAGGUGACCCCCACCACCGUCACUAAGCAGGGCUCCCCUGCUCAGAGCACUGUCCAGGCCACCACCACCCUCCAGAGGCCUCCUGUACUACAGCAGAACACCAUUAUGCUGGGUGGGGCAGCUGCCACCCCAAGUCAGGCCCCAGUGCAGCCUGGCUCGGCAGCAGCAGCAGUCACCCAGCGAGCAGGGACUCCCGGAACUACUGGGGCACCAGGAACUCCCACUACCAUUACGGAGACCCUGGAGAACGUGAAGAAAUGCAAGAACUUCCUUUCAACGCUGAUCAAGCUGGCAUCCAGCGGGAAGCAGUCAUCUGAGACCACGGCCAGCGUCAAGGACCUGGUCAAGAGCCUGUUGGAGGGUAAGAUUGAAGCGGAGGAGUUCACCAGUCGGUUAUACCGGGAGCUCAACUCCUCUCCUCAGCCAUAUCUUGUGCCUUUCCUCAAGAGGAGUCUCCCUGCACUGCGUCAGAUGACCCCAGACUCGACAGCCUUCAUUCAGCAGAGCCAGCUGCCCCAGGCCAGCGCCCAGCCUGCCUCCUCCUCCACGGCCCUGACUUCUGUGGUGCUGGGGGGCACGGCCGCCGCACAGAGACCCCCUCUUAACAGCACCACCAGCCCCGGGGCCAAGGGGACCCUGCACCAGUCCCCUGUCAUCAGCCUGGCCCAGACACCUCACAGCAAGCCUGGCCUGAUGGUGCCCCAGCAGCAGGGGGCGAUGGCGAGUCCUCAGGUAACUCUGGCCCAGGCGCCCAUGGUUACUCUCCGAGGCCAGCCCCACAGUCGCAUCAUGGGACAGCCGCAGGUGGUCAAACAGCUACAAACAGUUCCUGUAGUGAAACAAGCUCUAGCAUCAGGGGCCAAGGGAACACUGGGGCUCCAGUCUAUGCUCUCUGUUGCACAGAAGAACAAGCUGAAGGAGGCAAGCGGAGGAACCUUCAAGGAUGAUGAUGACAUUAAUGACGUGGCCUCCAUGGCUGGAGUCAACCUGUCAGAGGAGAGCGCCCGUAUCCUGGCAACCAACUCUGAGCUGGUCGGCGCGGUGACCCGCUCCUGUAAGGACGAGGCCUUCCUCUACACCUCCUCACUAACCCGGAGAGUACAGGAGAUCGGUAGGAGGUUUGGGGUGACUGACCUGGGGCCAGAGGUUAUCAACUACGUUUCCCAUGCUACACAGCAGCGGCUGCAGAACCUGCUGGAGAAAGUGACGGAGGUGGCGCAGCAGAAAAACAUCACCUUCAAGGAGGAUGAUAAGUAUGAACAGGUGAGUGAUGUGCGAGCCCAGCUGAAGUUCUUUGAACAGCUGGAUCAGAUGGAGAAACAGAGGAAGGAGGAGCAGGAGAGGGAGAUCCUGAUGAAGGCUGCUAAGUCUCGAUCGCGGCAAGAGGACCCAGAGCAGCUUCGGCUCAAACAGAAGGCCAAAGAGAUGCAGCAGCAGGAGCUGAAUCAGAUCAGGCAGAAGGAGGCCAACAUGACGGCCCUGGCAGCCAUCGGCCCCAGGAAGAAACGGAAAAUGGACUCCCCUGUCAGCGGAGCCGGGGCUGAGGGCUCUGGCUCUGGUCCCUCUUUGUCAGGUGGGUCCAGUAGCGGAGGCUCCAGACCUCAGCGCCAGCGCAUCACCAGGGUCAACCUCAGGGACCUGCUCUUCUGUCUGGAGAAUGAGAGGGAAACCAGCAGCUCGCACCUGCUCUACAAAGGCUUCCUCAAAUAACACACAGAGAGACCAGUCUCGCCCAGUAACAAUUCCAGAGAGACAAGACAUUGAGAGAAACCAGUCACUCUGAUGCACCUGACGCAGUCUCCAAUAACCUCCCCAACAGAUAAGAGAAACCAGCCACUCCCAAUAGUACCUCUCUUAUAGGGCCAAAUGGACCAGCUACACUUGAUGGCGGCACCUCCUCUUCUGUGCUCUCCUACAAUCAUGACCUCCUGGGGGAAAGGCAGACCAGCGGCACCUGGAGUAUUAAUAUUCAGCCGAGCCCUACACGCCCUCCUCAAAGAGAGACCAGGUGAGGUGGUGGGACUGACCUCUGACUAGCGCCUCUCACACUUCUGUAGGGACCAGCUACUGGCAACCUGGUCCCCUCCCAUAAACUGCCACCUGGUGCCCUGGAGGGGAAAUUCUCCUAUUUGUGAGGUCUCCUUUGGGUCUGGAAACAUCCUCAUUCACAGUAGGUACAUAGCUUUUGCAUCCUUUAACCUCAUGCAAGAGGCCUAUAUGAUUAGACAUUUAUAAAGAACCCCAGUGAGGAGGACCCUUUUAACACGGUUAACGAACAAAUGUACAAAACUGCAGUAGUAACGUCAAAUCCCUGACGAUACAGAAACUCUGGGCCUUUUGUUGGGGGAUACAUUUUAUUUGUCCUAUUUUAUAGUCAUUCAUUCUAGUGCUAUUGCCUGUGUAUUUUUUUUAACGUGACUGAUACAAGUGUUCUGCUGAGUUGCCUUCUUACCAAAAUAAGCCAUAUGAAUCAGACAUGUCUAACUCCCUAGAACUCUGAUAACAUAACAGGACCUCUACUUGUUAUUCAGUAAAUUCUCCACUGAGUUUUUAGGCUUUGUUUGAUUUCUGUUUUAGUAUCUCUUCCCGUGUGCUUUUGUGUUUUGACUUUGUUUUGAAUCAGUUAUUAUGAUUAUGUCAACAUGUCUGUUGAAAAGAUAAUGUACAUGUAAACGCACGCAAUCUUGCGCUCACACACACAGUCUAAUUUAUGUUGCACUUGUAACAUCCUAUGGAAAGUCUGUCAAUCACAGUUAGAUUUUUACUGGUAAAAUCAUAUGUUUUUACCAGUAGACUGUGGGGGGGAAAGGAUAAACAUUAACAGGUUUAUGAAUAGUUUUAUUUUCAAAAGAGGCAUGUAAAAUAAUUUACAGUAAUUUAAUUGUUGAUGCAACAAUGCAAAGUGAGACUGAGACGUUGAGGCAAAGUUGACAAUAGAUAGCCUAUUUAUGAUUGUGUGAUAGAAUGCAGAAAAUAGACUGAAUACGGACUGCACCCCCCGACUGUUUUUUUAAUCAAGCCGUCGGUCAGAGGGAUACACCCACUUUAUAUAUAUAUAUAUUUUUUAAAUAUAUUUUUUAAUGCACAUACUAAUUGGUUGUUUCUUAAGGUUUUGGAUGGUAGUGUAUGAAAUAAUGUAUAUUGAUGAAACCUUUCUAACUGUACAUACUUCAGUUGGCCUUUUGUUAGGUCUAUCAAUAGAAGAUGAAUUCUCUCUUCUCAACAUUGUUUUUCUCUCUGCUAAUCAAUCAGUAUUGAUAUGUUUUUAUACCAUCGCCCCUGGCAACUGUUACACACCUUUCCCUCUGUCCAUUUUCUAUCAUAGAACACAGUUUUCAGUGAAAAACUGAAGUAUAUUCUGUAAAUAUAAUAUACAUUUUGCACAGCCACUUGUUAAUAUGUAAAUACUCUAAUUGAAAGAAAGAUGUUUAAUGGUGAUUGUUUAUAGAGGAUUGAGAGCGAAUGAUCUCCUUCAUUAAAAAGUGAAAAAUAA